UCGCCAGCACCACGUUUUUCAGCGCCGGGUUUCUCACGACUGUUGGCCAGAACAAAGUAAAAACCUGCGGCAAACAACUUGAGAAGCAAUCGGAAGGAUACUCCGUCGAAAUGGUAUCGAGUUUGGUGUUUAGCAGCUCCAACGUGGCCAUCGGUGGGCUAAUCGCGGCGGAACUGCUCCAGCCUAGCAAUCCGGUUGAGGUUUCGUGGGGCAACGAGAUUUCGAUCAAGUUCGCCAACCACUCGCUGGUCUGCAUCACCAACAACGAUGUACUGCGUGCCCUAGCUCGGUUGGCCCCGGCUUACCGGCUGUAUGGUGAAACACCGAUCGAACGCACCCAGAUUGACCACUGGCUCACGUAUACUCUGUCGAUGGAGAAGGAUCCUUCGGAUGAGCUAAAGUAUCUGAACAAAUGUCUCGGACCACUGACGUACCUUGUGGCCAACCAUCUUACCAUCGCCGAUCUGGCCGUGUUCAACGAACUGUACGCACGGUACGAUGAGCUGCGGCGUAUCGGCAUUCCGGUGCAUGUGCAGCGUUGGUAUAACCUGAUGCUGGCGCAACCCUGCACGAAGGAAGUGUUCCGAAAGUACGCGAAGGAGCUGCAGGCGGCCGUAGCCGCCAGCUCGCGCGUCAAGAAGGAGGCGACACCGGAAAAGGGCUCCGAGAAACGCGAGCAAGGCAAGUUUGUCGAUCUGCCGGGGGCGGAAAUGGGCAAGGUGGUGGUGCGCUUUCCACCGGAAGCGUCUGGCUACCUCCACAUCGGACACGCAAAGGCGGCCCUGCUCAACCAGUACUACCAGCAAGCGUUCCAGGGCAAGCUAAUCAUGCGCUUCGAUGACACGAAUCCGGCCAAGGAGAAUGUGCACUUUGAGCAGGUAAUUCUGGAGGAUCUAAAGAUGCUCAAGAUCGAUCCGGAUCUCUUCACGCACACCUCGCAGUACUUCGAUCUGAUGCUGGACUACUGCGUUCGGUUGCUGAAGGAGGGCAAAGCCUACGUAGAUGAUACUGAGCCGGAGCAGAUGAAGAAGGAGCGUGAGGAGCGCGUCGAGUCGAAGAACCGUUCCAAUACGCCGGAACGCAAUCUCGAGCUGUGGGCCGAAAUGGUGAAAGGUUCGGCGUCCGGUCAGAAGUGUUGUGUCCGGGCAAAGAUCGACAUGUCCUCGGCGAACGGUUGCAUGCGCGAUCCAACCAUCUACCGGUGCAAGAAUGAACCGCAUCCGCGCACUGGUACCCAGUACAAGGUAUACCCAACGUACGACUUUGCUUGCCCGAUCGUAGAUGCAAUCGAAAAUGUAACGCACACGCUACGUACCAUGGAGUACCACGAUCGCGACGAGCAGUUCUACUGGUUCAUCGAGGCGCUCGGUUUGCGCCGUCCAUACAUUUGGGAGUACAGCCGGCUUAACAUGACGAACACGGUGCUUUCGAAGCGCAAGCUGACCUGGUUUGUGGAGCAGGGUCUGGUCGAUGGUUGGGACGAUCCACGGUUCCCGACUGUUCGAGGUAUUCUGCGUCGUGGCAUGACCGUGGAGGGUUUGCGCGAAUUCAUCAUUGCCCAGGGUUCGAGCAAAUCGGUCGUGUUUAUGGAGUGGGACAAGAUUUGGGCGUUUAACAAGAAGGUGAUCGAUCCGAUCGCUCCUCGCUACACGGCUCUCGAGAACGAAGGCCGCAUUCUGGUGAAUGUGGCCGGUGCGAAACCGGGCUCGCUGCAAGCCGCCGUACAUCCGAAAAAUGCUGACAUUGGCAUGAAGACGGUACACAUUGGACCACGUGUGCUGAUCGAUCUGGCCGAUGCCCGCGAGCUGAAGGAUGGUGAAAAUGCGACGUUCAUUAACUGGGGCAAUCUGAUGGUCAAGAAGGUACAUCGGAACGCAACCGGUGAUCCUGUUUCGAUCGAUGCCGCGCUAAAUCUGGAUAACAAGGAUUACAAGAAGACGCUCAAGCUGACGUGGCUGUGCGAGCUGACGGCUGAGCAGUACACUCCGACGUACUGCGUGUACUUCGAGCACAUAAUCAGCAAGGCGGUACUGGGCAAGGAUGAGGAUUUCAAGAACUACAUCGGUCAUCAGACGCGGACCGAGGUGCCCAUGCUGGGAGAUCCGGAGUUGAAAAAGCUCAACAAAGGGGACAUCAUUCAGUUGCAGCGUCGUGGCUUCUUCAAGGUCGACCAAGCGUACCAGCCGGCCAGUGAGUUCAGCGGUGCCGAAACACCGAUCGUGCUGUUCGCCAUUCCCGAUGGCCAUGCCACUGCGCAAGCAACGGCAAAUGCACCGAAGAAGGAGGUUGCCACAGAGAAUAAAAAAUCUAAGCAAACCAAAUCGGCGACCAUCGUUACCAGUGGAGACGUGCCAACCAGUACCAGCGGCAGCGGCAGCGCAUUGAACGAUUCGAUCACCCAGCAGGGCGAAAAGGUACGCCAGUUAAAGGCGGACAAAGCUCCGAAAGCGGACGUCGACGCGGCAGUGAAAGUGUUACUCGAACUGAAGGCGCAAUACAAGACGGCAACGGGCAGUGACUGGAAGCCGGGAGCCGUUACCACCGCAAGUGUCGCCAACGUCGGCAGCGCUAAUGCUGGAUCGAAUGCGGCGGAUGCACUGAAUGCAAAAAUCACUGAGCAAGGCAAUUUGGUGCGCGAUUUGAAGGGUAAGAAGGCUCCGAAAGCAGACAUUGAUGCAGCCGUAAAGGAGCUGCUUAAUUUGAAAGCCCAAUACAAGACUGCGACUGGAAGUGAGUGGAAACCGGGAGCAACACCGGUGCAGCCACAAGCAGCUCCAACAGCAGCAGCAUCCGUUGCUCCUGCAGCUACCGGUGCGGAUGCGUUGAAUGCGAAAAUCGUUGAGCAGGGCAACUUGGUGCGUGAUUUAAAGGCCAAGAAGGCUCCCAAAGCGGACAUUGACGCCUCGGUGAAGGAGCUGUUGAAUCUAAAGGCCCAGUAUAAAUCGGCCACCGGAAACGAGUGGAAACCGGGCGCAGUUGUGGCAGCACCGGCCACCACUGCAAGUGUUCCCUUGAAACCGAUCGAUGCCAACAGUGGUGCCGUUGCGAGUGGAUCAGCGGUUGAACUGAACGACAAGAUUGUCGCGCAAGGAGAUCUAGUACGUGAGCUGAAAGCAAAGAAGGCAAACAAAGCAGACAUUGACUCGGCGGUGAAAGCCCUGCUCGCUCUGAAAGCACAGUACAAGCAGGCGACCGGUGGACAGGAGUGGAAACCGGGCUGCGUACCACCGGUACAAUCCGCACCGUUGCAAGCUGCUGCUCCAUCGGCAGCCGCUGCUACCGGAGAGUCAGCACUGCUCGAGCAGAUUGCCGUGCAGGGUGAAAAGAUCCGCACGCUCAAAGCCAACAAGGCAGAUAAACCCACGAUCGACGCUGAGGUUGGUGUGCUGUUGAAGCUGAAGGCUGAUUUCAAGGCGACCACCGGAAAAGAUUGGAAACCGGGAAUGAGUGCUCCGGCGAAGGCACCAGCUGCUGCCACAGAGGGAGCGGUAGAGCACGGUAAGGAAAAUGUUUCCCCAAGUGGUGGUGAUGCUGCAAGCCCCAAGGACGCACUGGCAGAAAAGAUCACCAAGCAAGGUGAUACGGUGCGCAGUUUGAAGGGCUCAGGUGCCGCUAAACCGGAAAUCGAUGCUGCCGUUAAACUGCUGCUGGAUCUGAAGGCUGAAUACAAGAAGCUCACUGGCACGGACUACGUUCCACCGGGCGGCGCUGCAGCUGGAGGUCGUCAGCAAUCGAAGCAGGCUCCGGCAGCAAAGAAAGCACCGAAACAGGAGCCGAAGAAACCGGAGCGUAAGGAGGAGGGUGCCGCUGGUGGACCGAAGAAACAAACGCGACUCGGACUCGAGGCUACCAAGGAGGACAAUCUGCCCGACUGGUACUCGCAGGUCAUCACGAAGGGUGAGAUGAUCGAGUACUACGAUGUGUCCGGUUGCUACAUUCUUCGUCACUGGUCGUUCGCCAUCUGGAAGGCGAUUCGGAACUGGUUCGAUGGGGAAAUCACGCGGCUGGGUGUGAAGGAGUGCUACUUCCCGAUCUUCGUGUCGCGGGCAGCGCUUGAACGUGAGAAGACGCACAUUGCCGAUUUUGCGCCUGAGGUGGCCUGGGUGACGAAGAGUGGUGACUCGGAGCUAGCUGAACCGAUCGCUGUCCGUCCGACGUCCGAGACGGUUAUGUAUCCGGCGUACGCGAAAUGGAUCCAAUCGUACCGAGAUCUGCCGAUUCGCCUAAACCAGUGGAACAACGUUGUGCGCUGGGAGUUCAAACACCCUCAGCCGUUCCUGCGAACCCGCGAGUUCCUGUGGCAAGAGGGCCACACGGCGUUUGCGACGAAGGCCGAAGCGGACGAGGAAGUGCUGACGAUACUCGACCUGUACGCGAAGGUGUACACCGAUCUGUUGGCCAUCCCGGUGGUGAGGGGCCGUAAGACGGAGAAGGAAAAGUUCGCCGGUGGUGACUACACGACGACGGUGGAGGCGUACAUCUCGGCGUCCGGUCGUGCGAUUCAGGGUGCUACGAGUCACCAUCUGGGACAGAACUUCUCGCGCAUGUUCGACAUCGUGUACGAGCAUCCGGAAACGAAGGAGAAGGAGUACGUGUACCAGAACUCAUGGGGUAUUACGACGCGUACGAUCGGUGUGAUGAUCAUGGUGCACGCGGAUAACCAGGGUCUGGUGUUACCACCACGCGUCGCCUGCAUUCAGGUGGUGAUCGUACCAUGCGGAAUCACGGCCACUACGACGGACGAGGAGCGACGCCGUCUGUACGAGAGUUGCCGUGAGCUGGAACGCUCCCUGGUGGCGGCGGGCAUUCGCUGCGAAGGUGAUUACCGGGACAAUUACUCACCCGGCUGGAAGUACAAUCACUGGGAGCUGAAGGGUGUGCCGGUACGCAUCGAGCUCGGCUUCAAGGAUCUGCAGAAGGGCGAGUGUGUCGCGGUGCGGCGGGACAAUGGUACGAAGUUGACGGUUCGCCGUGAGCAGGCAACGGUCGAGCUGCCGAAGCUGCUUGAAACCAUCCACGAGAGCAUGUACGCCAAGGCGGAUCGUGAUCUGCACGAUCACAUCAAGGUGACCAAGGAGUGGUCCGCCUUUUUGCAGUUCCUCGAGGAGAAGAACAUUAUCAUGGCACCGUUCUGUGGAGAGAUUCCGUGUGAGGAUCGCAUCAAGGCCGAAAGUGCUCGGGACGAUGGUGCCGAGGUGGAAGCCGGUGCACCGGCCAUGGGUGCGAAGUCGUUGUGCAUCCCAUUCGAGCAGCCGGCCCAGAUCGAUCCGAAGAAGGACAAAUGCGUACAUCCGGCCUGUGGCCGUGCGGCCAAGUUCUACACGCUGUUUGGUCGAAGCUACUAAAUCUUCUCGCUUCAUACUCCUCUUCGGUUCGGUUCGGCCGUUCAGAGUGCUUAUCCUGUGUUCAUUAUCAUAGUAUAGUUGGGCGCUCAAAUACAUAAACAUCCGCUGGAUUCAUUUAAAAGUUGACAAAUAAACUGAAUGUCCAUUACACAUGUA